AUGUCGAUCCUAUCACGAGCAGUGUGUAAUCACACGGGAUCAUUAAAAUUAAAUUCUGGAAUCAGUCCUAUAUAUCGUGUUGCACGUAAUUUGAACAGUGAAAGUCAUCAAGACGAUGAAGGAACUGGUUUUUAUACUAUGGUAGAAAAGUUUUAUGAUCGUGCUGCAAAAAUUCUUGAAGAUAAAUUAGUUCAUGAUAUGCACAGAUUAAAAUUAAGCGAAGAACAAAAACGUAUUAAAGUACGAGGAAUAUUAACAAUGAUGAAACCACCAAAUUAUGUUUUGGCUAUGACAUUUCCUGUUCGACGUGAUAAUGGUGAAUGGGAAUUAAUUGAAGCAUGGCGUGCUCAACAUUCAUUACAUCGAACUCCAUGUAAAGGUGGUAUUCGAUAUUCGAUGGAUGUUAAUUUAGAUGAAGUUAAAGCAUUAGCUGCUUUAAUGACAUUUAAAUGUGCUUGUGUUAAUGUUCCAUUUGGUGGAGCUAAAGCCGGUGUAAGAAUUAAUCCAAAAGAAUGGUCUGAAGGAGAAUUAGAACGUAUUACUCGAAGAUUAACAGUUGAAUUAGCUAAAAAAGGUUUUAUUGGACCUGGUAUUGAUGUUCCAGCACCAGAUAUGGGUACUGGCGAACGUGAAAUGGCUUGGAUUGCUGAUACAUAUGCAUCAACUGUUGGUUGGGAAGAUUUAAAUGCAUAUGCAUGUAUUACUGGUAAACCUAUAUUACAAGGUGGUAUACAUGGACGAACAUCAGCUACAGGUCGUGGUUUAUAUCAUGGUGUGAAUAAUUUUUUAAAUGAAAAAUUUUAUAUGGAUAGAAUUGGUUUAUCAACUGGUUUAGCUGGAAAAACAUUUAUUGUUCAAGGUGCGGGUAAUGUUGGUUAUCAUUCUAUGCGCUAUUUAUCACGAUAUGGUGCAAAAUGUAUUGGUGUACUUGAAUGGGAUGGAGCUAUUGUUAAUUCAGAUGGUAUUGAUCCACUAGCAUUAGAAGAAUAUAAAUUUCAAAAGGGAACUAUUGUUGGAUUUCCCGGUGCAAAACCUUAUGAUAAACAACCGAAAGAAGAAUUACUUUGUGAACCAUGCGAUAUUCUUAUACCAGCUGCAAGUGAACAACAAAUAACAUCAAAGAAUGCUAGACGAAUUAAAGCUAAGAUCGUUGCUGAAGGUGCUAAUGGACCGACAACACCAACAGCAGAUCAAAUUCUUCUUGAAAAAAAUGUCUUAGUUAUUCCCGAUAUGUAUAUUAAUGCUGGUGGUGUAACAGUAUCAUAUUUUGAAUGGCUUAAGAAUCUUCAACAUACAUCAUAUGGUCGAUUGACAUUUAAAUAUCAACGAGAUACAAAUUAUUCACUUCUUGAAAGUGUUCAAAGUUCAUUAGAAACUAAAUUUGGUAAAAUGGGAGGAAAAAUUCCAAUUAUUCCCAGUGAAAAAUUCUAUAAACGUAUGGCUGGUGCAUCUGAAAAAGAUAUCGUGCAUUCAGGUCUUGAACAAACAAUGGAAAAAUCUGCACGUGCUAUUAUGCAAACAGCUCAAACUUAUAAUUUAGGUUUAGAUUUACGUACAGCUGCAUAUGUAACAUCAUUAGAAAAAAUUUAUAAUGUCUAUUCAGCUGCUGGUAUGACAUUUGGUGUUUAA